GCUCGACGGGCGACGGCGUUUAAUUCACUGCUUUCGAGGUUCACGAUCCACGCUUCCUGCUUAUGUCAGUGCGUUGAUUCCCUGGUCAAACAGCGAUAAAGUCUAAUGGUCUGCUGUCCAGCGUGCUGUGGGUAUGGAAGGUGAAGCCUCUUGAACAAUCUGGGGGAAUUGUUACCUUAAGGUAAGAAAGUUUUGUCUGCAUCCAGGAGGAUUUCUCACACGAUGAGGGGAACAACUGGAGCUUCACUGAUACUGUCACUGCUGAUCUCCAGGCUACUGGGGGCUACCUGUCAGUCUCCCCCAGGGAAGCCCAAGCUCACCAGCUGCCGAUCUCCAGAGAAAGAGACCUUUAGCUGUUGGUGGGAGCCGGGCUCGGAUGGAGGACUGCCCACCAAUUACUCCCUGUAUUACCGCAAGGAGAACUCUGAAAUUGUCUAUGAGUGCCCGGAUUACCAUACUUCGGGAAAGAAUUCCUGCUUUUUCAGCAAGAAUGAUACUUCGAUUUGGGUGAACUACAACAUUACAGUGGUGGCAACCAACUCCCUAGGAAGCAACUUCUCUGACUCUGUGGAUGUCGAUGUGAUGUACAUUGUCCAGCCACACACGCCUGAGAAUGUGAGUGUUGUUUUGGAGGGGACGGAGGAUAACCCUUUCCUGCUGGUGACAUGGGAGCCCCCCCACAAAGCGGACACCCGGUCCGGCUGGAUCACGCUCGUCUACCAGCUGCGUGUCAAACUGGAAAAAGAUGACAAGUGGGAGGAACACUUUGCCGGUCAGCAGAAACAGUUCAACAUCUUCAGCCUGCACUCUGGGGAGGUCUACAUGGUGAAGGUGCGCUGUAAACCAGACCACGGCUUUUGGAGCGAGUGGAGCACCACCCGCUACGUGAGAGUCCCUGACUAUAUUUCCAGAGAAAUGUCCAGUUGGAUUCUGAUCCUUACCUUCUCGGCGUUGAUUUGCAUUGUCUUCGUUUGGACUGCCCACAUGAAGAGAAACAGUGUGAAACAUUUUCUUCUGCCCCCUGUACCUGGACCAAAAAUCAAAGGAUUUGAUACGCAACAGCUCAAGAGUGGAAAAUCAGAUGAGAUAUUUAGCACUUUGGUGGUCCAGAGUUUCCCACCACCAUCAGACUAUGAAGAUCUGCUGGUGGAGUAUCUGGAGGUAUAUGAUAAUGAAGAACAAGAGUUAGUGUUUGACAGGAAGGACCAAGAAGGCGGCUUGAAGUCCAAGAGUUCCUCAGACACUGAUUCUGGCAGAGGCAGUUGUGAUAGUCACAGUUUGCUGAUGGAGAAAUGUAGCGAGUCCAGAGAGGAUCAGACCUUGAUAUCUCAAGUCAAAAUUAGCGAGGCAAGUCAAAGGGUGAACGAUGACAGUCAUGCCGCCGAAUGUGCUGACGUUACUACACAAACCUGGCCCAUGAUUUCACCUUAUUACCACCAUGACCAAAAACCUUGCUACCAGAGUAUUCCUGAAAUGUCUGAGCAGCACUGUGUACUGGACAGCCAUUUAUUUCUCACCCAACAACAGGACUACUGGGAAACCUCAGCAGAACUUGACCAGAAGAAUCCUUACACUGGCUACAGCUGCGUUCAGGCUUACAGCGAAAUUAACAUUAACGGCAUUGCACACGCAGAGCCUGCAAGCCCUCAGCCUGUGUUCGUGGAGUAUGUGGAGGUUCAGCACGUCAACCAGGAGAACACCUUGAUACUAAAGGCCAUUGCCCAGGAGGAGCACGGUCAGUUCCGUCGGGAGAUGACGGAACAUCACUACAGCAAGGUUAACGGGAUGGUCUGUGACAAUGUCCUUCUCAUUCAGAGAGAGGCAGCUUCUCAGUGCCUCGGUGAUUACCAGGAGGAGGAGAAUGCCCUGGAAAGUUGUACUCAACAGACGGCUGGAAAGCCAACAGUCCAUCCGCAGGUAGCCUUAGCACAAGAGGGGCUGCACAUAACCCUUAAUGGCUAUGUGGACACAACAGCCAUAAUGUCCACUUACUAAUAAGCAUCGUGUCACAAACUAUUGCCGCUGUCUGUCAGAAUAUUAACAAAUAUUAACAAAUGCCCAAAAAUAUUCUUUUAAAGCUAAAUAUGAAAUUUUAUAAAAGUUUGCACAGAGAUUGUUGUUUUGUUUGGGAACCUUUGGGUAUUUCGAGGUAACAAAUCUCUACCCCUAUUAAUAAUAAUUACACAUGGAUUUAGGUACACAAGUAGUACAAAUACACAGAUUUUGUCAGAUAUUCAGCUGGGAUAUGCAAUGCUCACAGAAUGGCUGGGGACACUUGCUUAAUUCUGUAAAAGUGUUCCAAAUUCAUUGGUUGCAUAACAUAACUCCAUUGACAAGCAAUAUUUAAUAUAUCUUCAUAUAUCUUCCACACAUAAAUUACUUUUAUCAUCAUAUUUCUUGACCUACCCAUUCAUUUCUGCUCUGUCCAUUUUGCUAUUAUUUGCAAUUGUAGUCACUGACUCAUAACAGGAUACUAAACACAAAUGUUUGGUUUUUUUAUGCUAUGAUGAACAUGUCACUGAUUAAAAACACCCAAUGUUUUACAUAAAACUACUGGUUGUUUUUAAUGUGAAACAUACAUUUUAGCAAACACAUAAAAUCAAUAAAUUUGCAGCAUUUUUACUGAAUUAAGCAAGUAUACCAAGACGUUCUGAGAGCACUGUAGUUCAGAAACUGAUAAAACACUACUCACUACUAUAACACUACUAUAAUUUGUAGUUAUUUUAUACUUUUGGUACUGUACUUUUAAAUGUAUCCAGAAAUGAUAUUUCAUUGAUGCACUGACAUCCUGUCCAACACACACCUCUGCCUUAUGACCUAGACUGCCUGGGACAGACAUGGACCCAGUCCAGAAUGAGUGCGUGGGAGGUGGGUGCACAGAAAUUAUAUUGUAGUUAAAAUUAAUAGAAUUCUGGUUAAAAAUGAUUUUGUUGAAACAAAAUCCUAUCUUAAUAGUCAUGUAAUUUAAAAAAUUCUUAUUGAACUGCAAUCAUGAUCUGGGACUGGUAAAGGAAUGAAUUUCAUACCCAAAUGAGUAUGAAUGGUUUUUACUGUGCAUGUACAGACAUUUAUUGUGACAGUGUUUAUUAUAUUCAAGCAAUGUUUUAUUUCUUUAUAAAAUUAGGAUUAUAAACACCGUGUCCCAGUACCUCAGUGAUGUCAUAUUGUAUAAAAAUGUAGUUUUUAUAUUGAUUAAACAAUUAUCUAAUGUAGUAAUCAAAAACAAUACUUACUUUAAAUAUAUUUUUAUUGGGCUAGGACAUAGAAUAUGGUUUUAUAGAUGCAAGUAAAACAAAAAAAAUACAAUAAAUAUAUAAAGACUAUUGCCAACUACAAUGUUAA